CGGAAGAAGGAUCUUGCAGAAUGCGGUGUUUGGAUGGUUAGAAAUGUAUUUUCUACGUCUCGUUUAACAACAUAACAUAACGUCGCCUUAUAUAGGUUGUUUUUCAUGUUCCAGACUAAACGUGAGGACGACGGGGACAGCGGUGAAAGCCGACAACUCAACCAGGCAGUGUAUAAAGACGAUGACAAACUCCUGUCAGAGCUGCUCUCCCAGGAAAGGUACAGAAGGUUUAUCAACGCCAGGAGCGGCUGGGGUAUUCCAGGCACCCCUCUCCGGAUGGCGGCAUCUAGGGGCCACCUCAAGUGUCUGGAAGUCCUCCUGGCCCACGGUGCUGAGGUUGACAGCCUGGACGUGAAGGCCCAGACUCCCCUCUUCACGGCCGUCAGCGGAAAGUAUCUCAGCUGUGUCUUGGCUCUGCUCAAGGCAGGAGCCAACCCCAACGGCAGUGUGUACAACAACUGCUCUCCUGUCCUCACUGCGGCUCGGGAGGGCGAUGUGGAGAUCUUGAAGGAGCUCCUGCGGCACGGCGCAGAGGUCAACGCCAGGUCCAAAGUUCUGCUGUGGGCUUCAAACGCGUCUGUCUCCAGUGGUCCCCUCUAUCUUUCUGCAGUUUAUGGGCACUUGGAUUGCUUUAAGGUCCUGCUCCUGUACGGGGCUGACCCAAAUUACAACUGCACAGAUGAGAAGCUCUUCAGGAGGAUCAAGCAGCCUAAAACAGUGUUGGAGAUGUGCCUCAGACACGGCUGUGGAGUAGAGUACAUCCAGCUCUUGAUAGACUUUGGGGCAAAUGUUUACCUCCCCACUCUCAUUAUAGACAAAACUACAAAGCAGAAUGAAGCAGUGGAGCUGUUACUGAAGGAGAGAGGUUGUCCAAAAUCACUGAUGUCGCAGUGUCGGCUUGCUAUUCGAACACACCUGAGAAAUAUCAACAGGAUGCAUUGCAUUGACGAUCUGGAAAUGCCACCAGUCCUGAAGAACUUCUUAAAAUAUCGGACAGCACCGACAAGGAGCUUAACAUUCUGAAACAUGCAAGCAACUGUGCCUUGGAUAAAACAUACAUAAACUAUCUAAAUUAUGUUGCUCUAAAUUAUCAUCAGUUUACAGCAUGCAUGAAAUGCAACAUUGACAGAGAUUAGUCUUUUAUGUUAGUUUUAUUCAUUUUAAAGUCAAGUUUGUGUAUUCUUUCUCCACAUUUUAUUUCAUUAAUACUGCAUUUUCAUUUACAAGACAUGAUCUGCAUCAUUGUUCCAUAAUGGGUUGCAGAAUAAUGGGUUGCAGAAUUGCAAAAUGCAUAUACUGAAAAAUCUACCAGAAAUGUCUAUUUUCUAUGUUGUCACUGGCCUUUCUGUUCUGCUCUCCUCAGCAAAGUGUAUUUAACAUUAAAAGAUACAUGAUAUGUUCUCUGCUACAUGUUUUAAAUUCUAGACGCACGUUGUUUUGGAGUAUAAUCAAAAGUACUGUGCUAACUGUGAGUGAUUUUCAGAGCUUGUGACAAAAACUGGAUAAUCAGCUUCUCUCAUGAAUGAAACCAUGUUUCAUGCCUCAAUAAAG